GCCUCGCCCCGCAGGAUGGAGGGUAAGCGGCGACCAGGUCCAGGGCCGGGGUGCCCCCCAAAGCGGGCCCGUGGGAGCCUCUGGGACGAGGAUGAGGCCUACCGGCCAUCACAGUUCGAGGAGGAGCUGGCGCUGAUGGAGGAGAUGGAGGCGGAGCACAGGCUGCAGGAGCAGGAGGAGGAGGAGCUGCAGUCGGCCCUGGAGGGGACUGUGGACGGGCAGUUCUCCUCGACAGCCAUAGAUGCCCGCUGGCUUCGGCCCUCCCCGCCCCCACUGGACCCCCAGACAGAGCCCCUCAUCUUCCAGCAGCUGGAGAUUGACCAUUACGUAGGCCCAGCACGGCCCCUGCCUUGGGGACCCCCACCAUCCCAGGGCUCUGUGCCUGUGCUCCGAGCCUUCGGGGUCACCGACGAGGGCAUCUCGGUCUGCUGCCACAUCCAUGGCUUUGCGCCCUACUUCUACACCCCGGCGCCCCCUGGUUUCGGGCCUGAGCACCUGGGCGACCUGCAGAGGGAGCUGAACGGGGCCAUCAGCCGGGACCAGCGCGGUGGGAAGGAGCUCACGGGCCCGGCCGUGCUGGCCGUGGAGCUAUGCACCCGGGAGAGCAUGUUUGGGUACCAUGGGCACGGUCCCUCCCUGUUUCUGCGCAUCACCCUGGCGCUGCCCCGCCUCGUGGCCCCCGCCCGCCGCCUCCUGGAGCAGGGCAUCCGUGUGGCAGGCCUGGGCACCCCUAGCUUCGCGCCCUACGAGGCCAACGUUGACUUUGAGAUCCGAUUCAUGGUGGACACAGACAUCGUUGGCUGCAACUGGCUGGAACUCCCGACCGGAAAAUAUGUCCUGCGGCCGGAAGGGAAGGCCACACUGUGCCAGCUGGAGGCAGAUGUGCUGUGGUCGGACGUGGUCAGUCACCCGCCAGAAGGGCAGUGGCAGCGAAUUGCACCCCUGCGUGUGCUCAGCUUUGACAUCGAGUGCGCUGGCCGCAAAGGCAUCUUUCCUGAGCCUGAGCGGGACCCCGUGAUCCAGAUCUGCUCGCUGGGCCUGCGCUGGGGUGAACCAGAGCCCUUCCUGCGCCUGGCACUCACCCUGCGGCCCUGCGCCCCUAUCCUGGGUGCCAAGGUGCAGAGCUACGAGCGGGAGGAGGACCUGCUUCAGGCCUGGUCGUCCUUCAUCCGGAUCAUGGACCCCGAUGUGAUCACCGGCUACAACAUCCAGAACUUCGACCUUCCGUACCUCAUCUCCCGGGCCCAGACCCUAAAGGUGCCGGCCUUUCCCUUCCUGGGCCGCGUGUCCGGUCUCCGCUCCACCAUCCGGGACUCAUCCUUCCAGUCGAAGCAGACCGGCCGGCGGGACAGCAAGGUGGUCAGCAUGGUGGGCCGCGUGCAGAUGGACAUGCUGCAGGUGCUGCUGCGGGAGUACAAGCUCCGGUCCUACACGCUCAAUGCCGUGAGCUUCCACUUCCUGGGCGAGCAGAAGGAGGAUGUGCAGCACAGUAUCAUCACCGACCUGCAGAACGGGAACGACCAGACGCGCCGCCGCCUGGCCGUGUACUGCCUCAAGGACGCCUUCCUGCCGCUGCGGCUGCUGGAGCGGCUCAUGGUGCUGGUGAACGCCAUGGAGAUGGCGCGGGUCACCGGCGUGCCCCUCAGCUACCUGCUCAGCCGAGGCCAGCAGGUCAAGGUCGUGUCCCAGCUGCUGCGGCAGGCCAUGCGCGAGGGGCUGCUGAUGCCCGUGGUGAAGACUGAGGGCGGUGAGGACUACACGGGGGCCACGGUCAUCGAACCCCUGAAAGGGUACUACGACGUCCCCAUCACCACUCUGGACUUCUCCUCGCUGUACCCGUCCAUCAUGAUGGCCCACAAUCUGUGUUACACCACGCUCUUGCGGCCCGGGGCCGCCCAGAAACUGGGCCUGACGGAGGACCAGUUUAUCAAGACGCCCACAGGGGAUGAGUUUGUGAAGACAUCAGUUCGGAAGGGGCUCCUGCCCCAGAUCCUGGAGAACCUGCUCAGUGCCCGGAAAAGGGCAAAGGCUGAGCUCGCCAAAGAGACAGAUCCCCUGCGACGGCAGGUCUUGGACGGUCGGCAGCUAGCGCUGAAAGUGAGCGCCAACUCUGUGUAUGGCUUCACUGGUGCCCAGGUGGGCAAGCUGCCGUGUCUGGAGAUCUCACAGAGUGUCACCGGGUUCGGGCGCCAGAUGAUUGAGAAAACAAAGCAGCUCGUAGAGUCCAAGUACACGGUGGAGAACGGCUACAGUGCCAACGCCAAGGUGGUGUACGGUGACACUGACUCUGUCAUGUGCCGAUUCGGCGUCUCCUCUGUGGCUGAGGCCAUGGCCCUGGGUCGGGAGGCUGCAGACUGGGUGUCUGGCCACUUCCCUUCGCCCAUCCGGCUGGAGUUUGAGAAAGUCUACUUCCCAUACCUGCUCAUCAGCAAGAAGCGGUACGCGGGCCUGCUCUUCUCCUCCCGGCCCGACGCCCAUGAUCGCAUGGACUGCAAGGGCCUGGAGGCUGUCCGCCGGGACAACUGCCCCUUAGUGGCCAACCUCGUCACCGCCUCGCUGCGCCGCCUGCUCAUCGACCGAGACCCGGCGGGGGCCGUGGCGCAUGCGCAGGACGUCAUCUCCGACCUGCUGUGCAACCGCAUCGACAUCUCCCAGCUGGUCAUCACCAAGGAGCUGACCCGCGCUGCUGCCGACUACGCUGGCAAGCAGGCCCACGUGGAGCUGGCCGAGAGGAUGAGGAAGCGGGACCCCGGGAGCGCGCCCAGCCUGGGCGACCGUGUCCCCUACGUGAUCAUCAGUGCCGCCAAGGGCGUGGCCGCCUACAUGAAGUCCGAGGACCCCCUCUUCGUGCUGGAGCACAGCCUGCCCAUCGACACGCAGUACUACCUGGAGCAGCAGCUGGCCAAGCCGCUUCUGCGCAUCUUCGAGCCCAUCCUGGGCGAGGGCCGCGCAGAGGCCGUGCUGCUGCGUGGGGACCACACGCGCUGCAAGACAGUGCUCACGGGCAAGGUGGGCGGCCUCCUGGCCUUCGCCAAACGCCGAAACUGCUGCAUCGGCUGCCGAGCUGUCCUCAGCCACCAGGGAGCCGUGUGCAAGUUCUGCCAGCCCCGGGAGUCCGAGCUGUAUCAGAAGGAGGUGUCCCACCUGAAUGCUCUGGAGGAGCGCUUCUCCCGCCUGUGGACCCAGUGCCAGCGCUGUCAGGGCAGCCUGCACGAGGACGUCAUCUGCACCAGCCGGGACUGCCCCAUCUUCUACAUGCGCAAGAAGGUGCGGAAGGACCUGGAAGACCAGGAGCAGCUUCUGAGACGUUUCGGGCCCCCUGGUCCUGAGGCCUGGUGACCUCUGAUCUCAGCUGACUUCCCACGAGGGCCUUGGGGAGGUGGGGAUUGGUGGAGAAUUUAAUAAAGUUGAGAUAUUUUGUUA